GUGUAUGAACAGCACCUUGGAAUUUGCAGUCCCAAUUCACCGUUAACACCACACCCGUCCCGUCACCUUCGUUCGUACUACCUUAUUUGUUAAGCGGGCCACAGAGAGAGGGAUUUCAUCGAUGGAAGUCGCUUCCGACCCACCACGCACCAUACUCCAUCAUUUUGGUUUUAAGGAAUCGAGAUCUUUCGCGGCAUCGUCAUUUUUUCCAUCAUGCAGUUAUAAAGGACUUUACACCGUAUGCCCUCCACAUAAACAUGCAAUUUCGAUAAAUUCUACGAACUCUGCUCAAAGUAGCUAUUUAUCUGUUCCAAGGAAGUAUGUCAGUUUGUCGCGGCACUAUUUUAAGCCAAAGGAGGAUUUAAAUAGACCGUAUUAUGAUAAUAGAUUGCAUAACGGAAAUAGAUACGUAGUUGUGAGAUCUGAACUUGCUGGAACUGGGAACUAUGAUGCCGAGUACCCAUUAUCAGAACAUAAGUUGGGCUCAAAAAUUAGAGGAAUAUGCUUUUAUGCUGUCACUGCUUUCAAUGCCAUCUUUCUGUUUGUGCUGAUGCUGGUGGCACAUCCAUUUGUUCUCUUGUUUGAUCGAUACCGAAGAAGAUUUCAUCAUUUCAUUGCCAAAACUUGGGCAACUUUCACUGUCACUCCAUUUCUUAAAAUCGAGUAUGAGGGAUUGGAGAAUCUGCCUCCUGAUAUUCCUGCUAUAUAUAUAUCCAACCACCAGAGCUUUCUAGACAUCUAUACUCUUUUCACUCUGGGCAGAAGCUUCAAGUUCAUCAGCAAGACUUCAAUAUUCCUCUAUCCCAUUAUUGGUUGGGCCAUGUUUCUGAUGGGUACCAUUCCUUUGAAGCGCAUGGACAGCAGAAGCCAGUUGAACUGUCUUAAGCGAUGCAUGUAUCUUAUAGAGAAGGGGGCCUCUGUCUUCUUCUUCCCAGAAGGAACACGGAGUAAAGAUGGAAAAUUAGGUGCUUUCAAGAAAGGUGCAUUCAGUGUUUCAGUAAAAACCAAAGUGCCAGUGGUACCUAUUACCCUCAAGGGAACUGGGAAAAUCAUGCCUGCAGGAAUGGAGGGUAUCUUGAAUUUUGGUUCCGUGAAAGUUGUUAUCCAUAAGCCUAUGAAAGGAAGUGAUGUAGACGUGCUAUGCAAUGAGGCUAGAAACAUAAUUGAAGAUGAGCUCAAUCGCCGAUGACAAGAUAUCUGAUGCAGGAACUUCUCUUUUUAUUGCAAGGGCUUAAUACCGAAUCCUUAAUGUGGAAUCAAGAAAAAGAAAUCGGAAGGCUGUGUGUAUUGCAGAAGCAGGUCAUCGGCUCAAGUUCGAAUUUCUUGUGGCUCUAAUAGCUCUUAGUUUCGCCUGUCAAUGAAGGCAUUUAGAGCUCUCUGAUACAUUUAUUGAUUUCAUAAGAGGGGGGCUUUCUUCAGCAAAGGUUGAGGCAUUUUGAGGUGGUUUUCAGAGAUAUUGCAUACAUUUGCUUAGCUUAUAAACAGUGAUCUCUCUGACUCUCUGCACUAUGAAUGGUGACAGACCAGCAAUUGGCUCAAUUGUUUAUGUAAUUCUGUUUUUAAACACUGCAUCCAAAAGAUAUGCAGUAUUUACUGGCCAUCUAUGCUA